GAUCACAGGGCGCUGCAGGGGGAUCUCAAGGAGCUGCAGGAGGACCUCAUGGAGCUGCAGGAGGAUCUCAUGGCACUGCUGCAGAGUUUGUGAGUAGGGGAGGACUUCAGAGAGCCGGAUCAGGUCACAGUGACCCGGGUCACAGAGGGUCUGGAGCGCGUGGAGAGGCGCGUGCCGUCCAGCAGUCCCCCUGCUCUGUGCGUAAAGAUGCUGAACGACAUAAAGGUGGAGGACAGGCUGAGGACGGAGGACAGCUGUCUGCAGGAGACGGCCAGCUCGUGCUCCCCCCUGCAGCAGCUCGUGUGUGCGGGAUGCACCCGGAUCAUCUCAGACCGGUUCCUGCUGCGGGUCAACGGCACGUCCUGGCACGAGGAGUGUCUGCAGUGCGCCGCGUGCCAGCAGCCGCUCACCGCCACCUGCUACUGCAGAGACUCCAAACUGUACUGCAGAGAGGACUACCGGAGGUUGUUUGCCACAAAGUGCAGCGGCUGUCUGGAGAAGAUCGCCUCCACAGAGUUUGUUAUCCGAGCUCUGGAGAGCGUUUACCACUUGAGCUGCUUCUGCUGCUGCAUAUGUGAGCGCCAACUGCUGAAAGGAGACCAGUUCGUCCUGAAGGACGGGCAGCUGCUAUGCAAGAGCGACUAUGAGAGGGACAAGGACCUGUUCAGCACUGCCAGCCUGGACUGCUCCGACUCAGAUAAGAGUGAUGAUGAGGACGUGGACGUGAAGUCAGAGAAAGGACGAGCUGCAGGAAAAGGCAGCGACGACAGUAAAGACCCCCGCCGGCCCAAACGGCCCCGCACCAUCCUGACCACCCAGCAGAGGAGAGCCUUUAAGGCAUCCUUCGAGGUCUCCUCCAAACCCUGCAGGAAGGUGAGAGAGACUCUGGCAGCUGAGACCGGACUCAGCGUUCGAGUGGUCCAGGUCUGGUUCCAGAACCAAAGAGCCAAGAUGAAGAAGUUAGCGCGCAGACAGCAGCAACAGCAGGAGCAACACAGCAACCAGAGGCUGGGACCAGACAUGUUGUCGGGCUGCAUGGAGGGUCUGCUCAGCUCGUACUCAGGACCCCUCCCUCCAAACCAGCAGCAGCUGGUCAGCAUGGAGACCAACGGGUACAACACAGACCCCUUCCAGCAGGGCCUCACCCCCCCACAGAUGCCCGGAGACCACAUGAAUCCCUACGGCACGGACUCCAUCUUCCACGACAUCGACAGCGACGCCUCCCUGACGAGCAUCAGCGACUGCUUCAUGACCACGCCUGACAUCGGGCCCUUACAGGGAAACCCCAUCGACCGCCUGUACUCCAUGCAGAGCUCCUACUUUGCUUCCUGAGACCCCCCCCUCCUCCCUCCCUCCCUCCACCUCUGCCUUCCACCCCAUGAACCAUGCAGAGACAGUCUGGAUUCUCCUGAAGGACCUGUAUCAGGGUUACGCAGGGACCUGAGACUGCAGGACAGAAUCCAGCUCAUGAACCGGACUGACCUCCAGCAGCCAAAGGACAGGGAGCACUUGAAUCAGGACUCUAAUCUUGAGAUCGUCCUGAUGUGUACAGAUAUCACGCGGGGAGUUUUAUAUUUGUGUUUUGAAAGUCGGGCUGGAGUUCAUGAAUCUCCAGACACAGUUUAUUAAAGACGCAGUAGUUUGAUUUUAACGGAUCGACUCUCCAGGUGAGCUGACACCUGAAGAUGAAUGUAAAUAUCUCUGAAACAUCCUGACCUGCAUGCACGGACCGACCGCAGUUUAUUUAUUCCUCAUAAAUCACAAACUUCUAUUUAAAACCUGAUCUGCUCCUGAACACGCAUCCUGAUUUAACCUCCUGUCUGUAUUUAUGAAGUCUGUGUGCUGUUUAACGUGUUCAUCGCACAGUCUGAUAUUUAUUUUUGUUUAUAACAGAGAGUGUGUUUGAAUCUGCUAACUUAUGAAAAUGUUGCUAUUUCAAAUAAAGAUGCAGUCUCUUGAAA